AGCAUGAAUAGCAUUUAGUAUUUGUUUGUAAAAAAAUGUUACAAGUAUAUUAAUUUUAAACAGUGUUUAAAAGAUGCAAUUCAAAUAAACUUUUUAAAUAAACAUUUAUUGUAACAUAUUAACGUUUAUCAACUUAAUUAUACAUAAUAAAAUUUUAAAUGUCUGACUACAAUCGAGAUGAUAGUUACGUUGACGUUGAAUGUGUUCAUCAAGAAGAAAUAAAUGAAGGAGAUAAAAAUUUACCAAUUAAUACAUCGUCAUCAAACAUACCGCGGGUUAUUGAAGAUACAAUUAAUAUCAUUUCAUCUUCUCCGCCGUCGGAAAAAGGUUUAGUUCAAAAUAAAAGACCUAUGACAAAUGCACGUCAUGCUGUACCAAUGCUGUGUUUGGUAUGCACUGAUAAGGCAUCGGGCUAUCAUUAUGGCGUUCCUUCAUGCGAAGGAUGUAAAGCUUUUUUCAAAAGAAGUUUACAACUCAAACAGCUCAAUUACAAAUGUCCAGCAAGUAACAAUUGUACAAUUAAUAAAAUGAGCAGGAAAUGUUGUCAAGCUUGUCGUCUCGGAAAAUGUCAUGCUGUCGGAAUGUCAAAAGAAUUUUUAGGUAAAAAGGUUAAAAAACGCGACAUAAGAGACACAAAAUCUAAAAACUAUCCACGACUUGAAAACCCUGAUGAAUGCAUUGAGAGCGUACUUACGCCGCUUGAAAUUGAACAUGAAAACAUAAUAGAACAAUUAAGGUUAACACAUUCAAAACUUUAUCUUGGAUUAGAUGAAACAGUAAACGGCACACUUACACAUAAGUUUUAUGGAACAAUAGGAAAACAGCUAAUACACAUUAUUGAUUGGGCAAAAAGAAUUCCAGGGUACUCAAGUUUGAUAUUGAGUGAUCAAGCUGUUUUGUUACAAGCAACCUGGGUUGAAUUGAUGGUAGCAAACUGGUUGUUUCUUUCAAUAACCUCAACCAAUUCGCUAAAGCUUUCACAUACAUUUGAUAUUUCAAAGCAAGAUGCCACCGAGCUUGGAUUUGGUCUUAUUUAUGACCAGUUUUUGGCUUUAGUGCAUCGCACUAAAGGAUACAAGCUAGACGAAGAAGAGAUUUCAUGCUUCAAAGCCAUUAUUUUAACAAAUGCAGAAACCACACAGUUAUCUCGUCCUGCAAAAGUGCAUGCACUUAGUAACCAGUUUUGUUCUUCUCUACAGUAUUAUACAAAAAACCGCCACAAAGAAAAUCCUCUUAAAUUUGCUAAAAUAGUUCUUAUCCUUCCUCAGUUAAAGUAUUUAGUAAAUGAGGUCUUAAAAGUACUUCAUGCGUUAAACAGCAUGAGUGAGAAAGGAGCUUAUUUAUCGGAUCUUGUUGUAGAAAUGCUUGAUGUAAAAAAUCGACAAUAAUCUAGUUAAAAUAUUUUUUUAGUAUUUUUUCUAUAAUUUUUUUGGUAUUUACUUUAAUACGUUGUAUUUAAUUGCUUUAUUAUAGAAUAAAGUUUUAC